CAAGGUGCGGUCGCCAGAGCCCUCUGGCUUCAGGCCCGGGCCCUCGCUAAAUGCCCGAACGCUCCAGGACUGCCUAGAAUUCCAGCGAGGAACAGGCUGUGUGAGGUCAGCACGCAGAGACCAGGGUCACAAUGCAGUCCUCCCCUUCGACGCUGGGGCCCGGGCGCGCAGCAGACACCUGCCAGGCUCCGCCUGGACCGGAGCGUCCUCCCGCGGCCAGGGCUCGGGCAGUUGCUUCCAGCCUGGGACCGGCCUCGGCCUCCGGCAGAGUGCCCCGGGGCCUGGACAUGAGUGCCCAGGAGACCCCACAGGGUCGAAGAUUCCCCAUUGAGGCCGGAGACUCCCCUGGCCUUGCCUCCGCCCCCGAGUCCCAGGAUAGCCCGGAGCCUGUAGCUACGGAUCAAAACCCUGUCAGGCCGCUCCGACGCUGCCCGGGCUGCCACUGUCUGACGCUGCUGCACGUGCCCAUCGACGUCUACCUGGCCAUGGGCGGGAGCCCCCGGGCCCGUGCUACCUGAGUGCGCCUGCGCACGGCAGCUCUGCAGGAGCCGGGACGGACGAGGCCAGCCGCGGGCCACCACGCUGAGGUCGCACGCGCCGAGCACGAGACAAUGAUGCACAUUUUAAAAUAAAAGAAUGAUGCACAUUUUAAUAAAGCACAGCAUAAACUGUUCUUUCCA